AUGGACUCGUACGGAGUCCGGAGGUCGGACACCACCAAAGGGCCGCCUCUGCGCAUCCUCUCACUCGACGGAGGAGGCGUUCGCGGCUACUCCAUGCUCAUCAUUAUCCAGGAACUCAUGCACCGCACGUUCGUCGAGAUCGAAGGCCGCGCCCCCCGCCGCCACGAAAUCCCGAAGCCAUGCGACCACUUUGACCUCAUCGUCGGCACCGGCACCGGCGGGCUGAUCGCCAUCAUGCUCGGCCGGCUGCGCCUGGACUUGGAGACGUGCAAGGAGCUGUACGUUCGCUUGACCAAGAUGGUCUUUGAGACAGACAAGACGAUCGCCGGCAUUCCAUAUCGAUCUACGCUGUUCAAGGCCAGCAAGCUGGAAGAGGCCAUCAAGCAAGGAGUCUGGGAGCAUACCGUCAACAACAAGGAAGGCAACGACAGCGACACCGAAGUUGUGAACCCGCUCAACGCUCGUCGCUCGGGUUCGGGCUCUCCAAGGCGACAUUCCAGCAACGCCAGCACCAUAAGCUUCAGUGCGCGCCAUCCGUCCGGCCAAGUGUCUUCUCGGCCAACCCCGCUACGAUACGGCAACGGGAACGCAAGGUUAUAUGACGCAAGGGAAAAUAGGUGCAAAACCGCCGUUACGGCAAUGUAUAAGGGCUCCGCGCGAGGGACUCCGCCCGUGCUGCUACGAUCCUACGACUCACGCAAGGAACCGCCACCGGAGUUCGAUUGCAAGAUCUGGCAGGCCGGGCGGGCGACUUGCUCCAUCGGCCUCGCCUUCAAGCCCGUCCAGAUUGGCCAGUCAUUAUUCCACGACGACGGUGCCGGCACCUUCAACCCCGCCCCAGAGGCUCUCGACGAGGCCGUCCUCAACGAAUGGCCGGGGCGUGAUGUCGGAGUGUUUGUCAGCGUCGGGACUGGCAAGCGGCCCAGGGGAAGUGACGCAAAUCAGCAGGUGUGGUACGAGGGCUUCCUGGGCGAAUUUGCGGAAGCGCGAAGAAAAAUGAUUGCCAAGAUCGAAGGCUGCGAGAAGAUUCACGAGUACAUGAUCCGAGAGCACCUGGCGAAGCGUGGAGUGAAUGUGGAAAACUACUUUCGCCUCAACGUCGAAGUGGGAGUCGGGGAGUUUGGAAUGAAUGAAUGGAAUCGGCUCAGCGACAUCAGCACCGGCACUCGACGAUACAUGUCGCGAGCGGAAGAGCAGAAGAUGAUCCACGGCAUCUCGACCAGGUUGGCCAAGAUUCACAGAGCAAAGCUGCGAUGGGAACGCAAGAUUUCCAACGUGCCCGAGCUGGUCCAGUCGACGUCGGAGAGCAACUUUGAGCAUACUUUUGCGGUCGAGCUGCCCGGUGACUCUCCCAUAGGGCCUCUCUCGCACAGCCCGCACAGCCCGGCCAGUCGGUCGUCGUUUGACUCGGCGCCGGAUACUCUGCACCUGCAGGCAAACACAUUGUCCUCGCCUCGAGCCUCCAACGACCACAUCCGGCCAGGAACCGGCCAUUCACGGCUCGGAAGAAUCAGCCCUGCCUCCGAGAAGGAGGUUGUGGUCGACUUGAUGUCUCCGAGCCAGUACAGCAACAAGAUACCCUAUUCCGACGACCCAAUCGCCAUCACGAGCCCUGAUGAGGAGCCAAGAUAUCAACUGCCUCUAGUGCCUCCGCCCCUCAGGCAAGCUACCCGACCGGAGCCGCCGCCUCUGCCUCCCAAGACGCCCCUGCCUGACUAUGGCCAUCGGCCUCGCGACUCCGAGACGUCCAUCCCGCCUUACCCUCUUGACGACGAUGAAGGCCCACCUCCGGUCAAUAUGGCACGAAAGCCGGAUUACCUGCAGUAUUAG